AUGCAAUCCCACGUCGGAAACGAUUGGAACAGUCAUGGCAUAGGUCAAACGUUACUCGGCAACUGGGUCGAAGACCGUGCCGUGGGCGAUGUGUUGCUGCAGGAACGUCAGGAUUUCGUCAAAUUGGGGAGAGCGGGGCAUCAAGGUAUCCUCACCCACAGCCCAAACGAACACACCUACACAACCUCGCACGGGGAAGCGCACGCACGGAAGCCAGGCGGCUGGGGGACGGGUAGUGCCGGACAUGAUGCGGGAAAACAGCAGCGGUUGAUUGAUGCGGAGUUGAUGAAGCGGGCGUUAGCGGAGACGGCGAAACCACCAGAGGAGCGCAAGUCAGCCGCGGGAUGGACGUCGACUAAUAAGGCGGAUUUUGGACAUGAGGAUAUUUAUGGCAAGACGCAGGAUUUAGGGACACAUGCUCCAUCAGAGUCGGAUAAGCAAAGAUUCGCACAGCCCAUCACGUUUUGGAGCGAUUACGCAACAAAAGGCACAGGUCACACCAUCUCCUCCUCCAAAGCCGCCUUUCUACACCAGCGCUCCGAACGCGAAGCCCACAGCGACUGCCCACGGGAUCUCGGAUUCAAGGCCGGCUUGGCGCACCAGCACCAUGCGUCAGCGGCGCCGGUGAGAUUCGGGAAACAUACGGAUUUUAGUACGCCCAUUGGGGAGUUUGAUAAGGCGGCUGUUAAGGAUGUAUGA